GAAAAAGAAAGCCCGCCUUUUUGCUCAGGCAGCUGCGCGGACACCUCUGUUCGCAGUAAUUUCCCAGCACCCCUUUCGGCCUUUCUUUUCCUCCUUCUCUGUGGACGCGGCGCAGGUGAAACCACCUGAAGACUACUACAACGAAGAUGCCUGGAAGACUGUGGAGUAAGGCCAUCUUUGCGGGCUACAAGCGCGGUCUGAGGAACCAGCGUGAGCACACGGCGCUGCUGAAGCUCGAGGGCUGCUACAGCAGGGACGAGGUGGACUUCUACCUCGGCAAGCGCUGCGCCUACGUCUACAAGGCCAAGAAGAACACGGUGACACCUGGUGGGAAGCCCAACAAGACCCGUGUGAUCUGGGGGAAGGUGACCCGGGCGCACGGAAACAGCGGGAUGGUGCGAGCAAAGUUCAGCAGCAACCUGCCGGCCAAAGCCAUCGGACACAGAAUCAGAGUGAUGCUGUAUCCUUCCCGGGUGUGAAGAGGAGGCGGCGGCGGCAGCAGCUCUUUGUUUGUACAGAAACAAUAAAGUGAUGAAUAAUCUGUUCACACA